AUGCAGCCAAGCCCAGAUCCCUGGGGGAUAAAAGGGGCAGCCUGGUUCCCUUUCCUCAGAGAGCUGCAGAGUCUCUCUGGCUGUGUGGGGCCCUUCUCUGCCGCCACGAUGAACCGGGCACUCAGCAUGAGGGCAGGAGGGGGAGGCCGAUCCUACAGCGCUGCCUCAGCCAUAAUUCCCAGCAGCAACAGGGCUGGCUUUAGCUCUGUGUCUGUAGCACGAGGAGGAGGAGGAGGAGGAGGAGGCUUUGGGAGGCUCAUUGGAGGAGGUGGUGGCGGCAGUUCUGGCGGUGGUGCAGGUUUUGGCAGCAGGAGCCUCUACAACCUUGGUGGCAGCAAGAGGAUUUCCAUCGGGGUUGGAAGCAGCUUCCGAGCUGCUUUUGGAAGUGGAGCUGCUGGUGGCUCUGGCCUGGGAGGUGGGUUUGGUAGUGGUGGAGCUGGUGGUGGCCUUGGGCUGGGGCUUGGUGGUGGAGGAGGUGGGUUUGGUGGUGGUGGAGCUGGUGGUGGCCUUGGGCUGGGGCUUGGUGGUGGAGGUGGUGGGCUUGGCUUUGGUGGAGGUGCUGGUGGGCUUGGCUAUGGUGGUGGUCACGGAGGUGGUGGAGGGUUUGGCUUUGGUGGACUGGGGGGGCUGGGAGGAUUCCCUGCAGGGCUGGGAGGUGGCAGGAGCCCCUCAGGAUUUUCUGGGAGCCCACCUGGAGUGGGUACAAUCCAAGAAGUGACAGUAAACCAGAGCCUCCUGGCACCGCUGAACCUGGAGAUAGAUCCAAACAUCCAACAGGUGCGGAAAGAUGAGAAGGAGCAGAUCAAGACUCUCAACAACAAAUUUGCUUCUUUCAUUGACAAGGUUCGCUUCCUGGAGCAGCAGAACAAGGUGCUGGAGACAAAAUGGACCCUUCUGCAGGAGCAGGGCCAAAAAAACAAUUCUGGCAAGAGCAACCUGGACCCACUGUUCGAGGCCUACAUCAACAACCUGCGACGGCAGCUGGCCAACCUGCUCAAUGAGCGGGGACGCAUGGAUGGGGAGCUGAAGAACAUGCAGGACCUCGUGGAGGACUUCAAAAACAAAUAUGAAGAGGAAAUCAACCGGCGCACGGCAGCAGAGAACGAAUUUGUGGUGCUCAAGAAGGAUGUGGAUGCUGCUUACAUGAACAAGGUGGAGCUGGAGGCCAAGGUGGAUGCCCUGAGUGAUGAACUCAACUUCCUUCGAGCCCUCUACGAGGCGGAGUUGGCCCAGCUCAGUGCCCAAGUGUCUGACACUGCUGUCAUCCUGUCCAUGGACAACAACCGGGACCUGGACCUGAGCAGCAUCAUUGCUGAAGUCAAAGCUCAGUACGAGGACAUCGCCAACCGGAGCCGCGCCGAGGCUGAGGCUUGGUACCAAACCAAGUUUGAGGAGCUGCAGGCCACGGCUGGGAAACACGGUGAUGACCUGCGCAACACGAAGGGUGAAAUCUCAGAGCUCAACCGGCUCAUCCAGAGGAUCCGCUCCGAGAUAGAGAACACGAGGAACCAGUGUGCCACCCUGCAGACGGCCAUUGGAGACUCAGAGGAGCGUGGGGAGAUGGCCCUCAAGGACGCCAAGGCAAAGAUGAUUGACCUGGAAGAUGCCCUGCAGAAAGCCAAGGCUGACAUGGCCCGGCAGCUUCGGGAGUACCAGGAGCUCAUGAACGUCAAGCUGGCCCUGGACAUUGAGAUCGCGACCUACAGGAAGCUGCUGGAGGGCGAGGAGAGCAGGCUCAGCGGGGAGGGACUGAACCCCAUCAGCUACUCUGUCAUCAGCUCCAGCUCUGGCAUUUCUGGUGGAGCUGGCUUAGGAGGAGGAUUUGGUGGACUGAGCCUGAGUGGAGGAGGCGGCGGAAGUGGUUUUGGCCUUGGAGGAGGUGGUGGAAGCAGCUUUGGUCUUGGAGGAGGUGUUGGAAAUGGUUUUGGCCUUGGAGGAGGCAGCGGGAGCAGUUUCGGUCUUGGAGCUGGCGGAGGAGGAGGAGGAGGAAGCUACAGUUUUGGAAGUGGAGGAGGACUUGGACUUGGGGCUGGAGGUGGUCUUGGAGGUGGAUUUGGAGGAGGGAGUGGUCUGGGCACUGCUGGCAGCUACAGCCAUGCUGGGGGUGGCAGCAGCGCCCUGAGCACCAGUGGAGGGAAUUUCAGCUCUGGAAGUGCAAAAGGCACCAACCCAGGUGUGAAAAUCGUCUCCAAAACCUCCUCCAGCAAAAAGAGCAUAAAAAGCCAAAGCCUGAAGAAUGCCACAGAGCCUGAGUAA